GCUAUAUGUACUUGCGAUAAAGAAUAGUUCUUUUCAGACAAGUCUACCUUCCCCAUUCCAAAAGUGGUGCUCAACAGAGUCGGUUCCCAACUGAUUGAACCAACAGUUACCGUUCAUGACAUUACCUCGCCCUCUGUUCUCAAAACCCAUCAGCAGAACAGCACCACCACCACUUCUGAUCACAACUUCAAAACCCAAUACACACUUGAAUGGCUUCUCUGCUUUCAAUCCUCAUGCUCUCAAGUUCAUCGUCUCCAUGGCUGCAAGCCCCGGACCCGGCAUUUCUUCCGCCCCACAGCACUCCUCGUCGCCGCUGAUCCCUUCCACCAUCGCCUCCGACUCCGGCGCCUCGCAGAAGUCACCUAGUGUACUAGAGGCCAUUGAGGCAGACUUGGAGAAGGUUAUCUAUGGAUGUCGGUUCAUGGCGUUUAUGGCGGUUUUGGGGUCUUUGAUUGGAUCGCUUCUGUGUUACAUCAAGGGCUGCACUUAUGUUGUACAAUCUUUCAUGGAAUACUUUGCACAUCGUAGUAAGGUCAUCUUGUUGCUGAUUGAUGCCAUUGAUGUUUAUCUUUUGGGAACAGUGAUGUUGGUGUUUGGAAUGGGUCUUUAUGAGCUAUUCAUCAGCAACCUCGACAAGGUGAAUUCUCUCUCAGAGGAUGAAGCAUGUACAUCGAGUCUUUUUGGCAUGUUCAUUAUGAAGGCACGACCAAAGUGGUUAGAUAUAACAACCGUCAAUGAACUGAAAACGAAGAUUGGCCAUGUAAUUGUAAUGCUCCUUUUAAUCGGGUUGUUAGAGAAGAGUAUGUUAGCAGUUAUUCAAUCUCCUCUCGACUUGCUUUGCUUUUCAGCCUCUGUCCUCCUCUCCUCUGGUUGCCUCCUUUUACUUUCUAAGCUCAAGGAUUAGAGAUUAAAGGGACAGGUAUAUAUUUCUUCUUGGAAUGAGUGUGUAUGCCUGUGUAAGAAAAUUUGUAUGAUAAUGUAUAUUACUUUUGUGUAUAUCAAGAUAACUGUUCUACUUGAUAAUUGAAUGUGUAGCAGUUAGAGAAUCCGAUUCAAAAUCAA